UGUGUGUGUCUGUAGGUGAGAUAGACUCGGGCUGCCAGAGCCUUAAAUGUGAAUGCGUGUGUUGGUGGGCUUAUAAGUGGUGCGCAGUGCAAGGAAGGUACCAUACCAGUGGAACACAAUCACAAUGAAAUAUCUCUGCUUAGCUGCUCUUGUGCUUGUAGCUACAAUGGUGUCCACAGUCACAGCCCAAGGUGGAAUUGCAAGUUGCUGUCGCAGGCAUUCAAAAACUCAAAUCAACCGAGAACAUCUGACACACUACUACGAACAGCACCGACCGCCGUGUCCCAUUAAAGCUGUGGUAUUCUAUGUCAUCGGAGGAGCCAGGAUAUGUGCAGACCCCAACAAAGUGUGGACAAAAACCAGCAAAGCCUUCCUUGACGGGGUACAUUAUCAACGGCAACAUACCUCGAGCAAGGUUUCCUUCUGAAGAAGCGUCAAGGACCAGAAAGAAAAGAUACCUCUAUCAAAACUCUUUUAUUUUCACCUACCGCCUGUGAUUUUAGUAUAUUUUUACUACAUUAUUUUUAAUGCUUCUCUUUCAUGUUAUUUCAUGCAGAUCUUCUUUGUGAAUGUAAACAUCAAACUCUGCUUUGAUGACUGUUCUAUAUACCAUAAUACUAAGGAAAAUUAAACAUUUCUGAAUUGU